AUGUACAGUCAGGGACCCACAGAUAAACAACAACAACAACAACAAGACGGGUCCUUGAAGUUUCAAAAAGUUGUCCUCUGAUGAGGGGAGGGGAGGUUGUGGUUGUCAAAAACAACAGCAACAGGGCCUUGAAACCCGCUGGCAGCCAGCAUCGCAUAAUGCUUACUAACACAAUAGAAACGGGAGAACAGGAGAUAAUGUGAUGCACUUAUCAUUAGCUGUGAAUGGUGAAGUGAAACUCAGGUGUCUCUCUUGUCCAUUAAAGUAAUGACAGUAUUUCUUCUAUUGUGUAUCAGGGAAUAGUGACAUGAUAUCAGUGAUACUCAGUAGGACAAUGAGAUUUGUCCAAGGAAGAGCUUGCAGACCACAUAAUGAGAGAGAGAUACUGAGAUUGAGUAGCAUGACUGUCAUGUUCCAGCGUGCCUAGUCACCUUACCCCUAUACAUAUGUACCUAUAAUGAACCAGUAUCCCUUCACAUUGUAAAUAUGCUACUGGAACUGACCCUGUAUAUCAGGACUGCCCAAGAUUGUUCCUGGAGAGCUACCGUCCUGUAGGUUUUUGCUCCAACCCUAAUCUAGCACAACUGAUUCUAAUUAUUAGCAGGUUGAUAAGAUGAAUCAGGUUAGUAACACCUGGGGUUGGAGCGAAAACCUACAGGAGGAUAGCUCUCCAGGAACAUGCUUACUUAGUCAUGUUCUUCUCAUUUCUUAUUUUUAUAUCUUGUGUGUCUUUGUUCUACCUUGUUAUUUGUAAGUAAUACAUUGUUAUUGAUUACUGCAUUGCUGGGGUUAGAGCUUGGAAGAAAGACAUGUCACUGUACUUGUGCAUGUGACAUUAAAACUUGAAAGCAGGACUCAAUUUAACAGCACAUGAGAAGGUUUUGAAGAGUGGCACAUGUCAGGUGGUAGCCCUGGGCAAAGGUUUUUGCUGCGGUGGUUGGCAGAGUAAUGUGGAAUGACAGACAGCAGUUAGGAGAUCUUAGUAUGCAAAUGUAACAAGGGGGACGGGAAAGAACAGAUGAGGGAGGAGUGGAAAGAACUGAUGAAGGAGGAGUGGAAAGAACAGAUGAAGGAGGAGGGGAAAGAACAGAUGAAGGAGGAGUGGAAAGAACAGAUGAAGGAGAGUGGAAAGAACAGAUGAGGGAGGAGGGGAAAGAAAGAUGAAGGAGGAGUGGAAAGAAAGAUGAAGGAGGAGGGGGAAGAGGAGCUGCCACCAGGAUGUCUCACUGGAACACUGUGAUGUCACUGGGUUCAUACUGACAGCACGGCUCACCCCUUUAAAAACACAGGGAAUCACCUUAACAUACAGGGAAUCACACACACUGCACAGGAUGUCUCACUAGAUAUGAGAAUGGAAUAUUUUCAAGGACCAUCUUUAUAUUCUGUCUUCUCAAAUUAUUUAAAUCACUGAUAUUUCUUUAGAAGUCAUUAUACAGUCAACCAUUGAGAAUGAGAAAAGCUGAAUGAAUAGAAGAGUUGUAUUAACUUCCUGUGUGUUUCUUCCUGGUUUCCCUCCAGGGUCGUGUGGUGCGGGGAGCCUACAAGUUCCACGCCCCUCAUCACCACCUUUGAGAUGAUCCUGGGUGGCUGUCCCGAGCUCAACGCCAUCGAGUGGCGCUGCGUCAUCAUCGACGAGGCCCAUCGCCUCAAGAACAAGAACUGCAAGCUGCUAGAGGGCUUCAAGCUCAUGAAUCUGGUAUGUCCAAGUCACUGAGCAUACUGCAGGGCAGAACUGAACAAAGGGCAGAAAUGCAGCCAUUACAGCUUGAAUGUUUGAGAUCCUAGACCUAGUGUGUCUCAAAUCAGUAUCUUGUUUGUGUGUGGAGAGAAGCUGUGAAAAGUGCCCAUUUGGUAACUAAUACUGUACACCAAUCUGGUUGUCUCUUAAGAUUGUUUGUGAUUGAGGUCUCCCCUCUCUCUGUAGUUGUGUUCAGUUGAGGCACAGCUUGUAUGUUGGAGUUCCUAUGCUGUGUGUCUUGUAUUGUUUCUAACUCACAUCUCUCUCUUCCCUCUCCUCUAUCUCCAGGAACACAAAGUCCUUCUGACAGGGACCCCCCUCCAGAACACGGUAGAGGAGCUGUUCAGUCUGCUGCACUUCCUGGAGCCUCAACACUUCCCCUCAGAGAACACCUUCAUGCUGGAGUUUGGAGACCUUAAGACUGAGGAGCAGGUGAGGCUGUGUGAUUCUAUCAUGUGGUUGUUUGGUUCGUAUCAAGUGUGUCGGUGUCAGUGUGUGAGUGUUAUGUUGUUGGGUUCCUAUCAACAAAGUGUGUAUGUGAGAAAUACAGUGUGUUAUAUUUUUGUCUCUGCCUGUUUGCCUGUGUGUGAGUGUGUCCUUUACCCUCACUGAUCAUAAUGAAUAUGAUUAUUAAUACAGAAGCUAAUUUGUUUUCAUAUGGUAUCAGGGGACAAGUGUGUUUAUUUCCCCACUCACCCCUCCUGGUGUUUGAACAGUGUGUCAGUGUGUGUGGAGCUAAAGGUCCCGUUGGUACAGAUAGAACUCUGAAGGAGAAUAGAGCUCUCCAACUAGGUCAUGUGCACACACACACACACACACACACACACACUUCUGCUACUCACUGUUUAUUAUCUACGCAUAGUCACUUUACCCCUACCUACAUGUACCCCCUGUAUAUAGCCUCGUUAUUGUUAUUUUAUUGUGUUACUUUUUUUACUUUUAGUUUAUUUAGUAAAUAUUUUCUUAACUCUAUUUUCUUAAAACUACAUUGUUGGUUAAGGGCUUGUAAGUAAGCAUUUCACACCUGUUGUAUUUGGCGGAUGUGACAAAGAAAAUUUGAUUUGAUUUUGAUUUUUGAAAGACCUACAUAUGGUUGAUAUUAUGUCAAAAACCCUGUAGCAUUAUUCUUCUGUAAUUACAGUUAUUUGAGUACCCCUAUUAUCAACCCCAUGGACUUCAUUAGCCUAUUAUUUUAAUCAGUCAUCAUAUCUUCCUAUGGAGCUAUACACUGAGUGUACAAAACAUUAAGAACACAUUCCUAAUAUUGAGUUGCACCCCCCCUUUCCCCUCAGAAUAGCCUCAAUUCGUCUAGGCAUGGACUACAAGGUGUCGAAAGCAUUCCACCGGUAUGCUGGCCCAUGUUGACUCCAAUGCUUCCCACAGUUGUGUCAAGUUGGCUGGAUGUCCUUUGGGUGGUGGACAAUCUUUGAUACACACAGGAAACUGUUAAGCGUGAAAAACCCAGCAACGUUGCAGUUCUUGACACACUCAAACCGGUGCACCUGGCACCUACUACCAUACCCCGGUUUAAAGGCACUUCAAUCUUUUGUCUUGCCCUCUGAAGCAAUCACCAUGCCCAAUGUCUCUAGCUUAAAAUCCUUUAACCUGUCUCCCCUUCAAUCUACAUCCCAUCGGAAAGUUUCAACCUUGACUUUUUCACUUUUACAACAUGUGCUGAAGGAUUAGCAUGAAAAGGGUGACAUGGUUGCGUUCUGUACACUCAUCGUGCAACCUGUCACCACUACAUGUACCAACGUUAGAACACUUCAAUCUUUUGUCUGACCUCUGACAGUGGAACCAUAAACUCAUGCCUCAUAUGUCACCUUUUAAAUCCAAUUCAAUCAAUAAGCGCCUUCAGAAAGUAUUCAGACCCCUGGACUUUUUCCACAUUUUGUUACGUUACAGCCUUAUUCUAAAAUGGAUUAAAUUGUUUUUUCCCCUCAUCAAUCUACACACAAUACCCCAUAAUGACAAAGCAAAAACAGGUUUUUAGAUAUUUUUGCAAAUGUAUAAAAAAAGAAAAACUGAAAUAAUACAUUUACAUUAGUAUUCAGACCCUUUACUCAGUACUUUGUUGUAGCACAUUUGGCAGCGAUUACAGCCUCGAGUCUUCUUGGGUAUGACGCUACAAGCUUGGCACACCUGUAUUUGGGGAGUUUCUCCCAUUCUUCUCUGCAGAUCCUCUCAAGCUCUGUCAGGUUGGAUGAGGAGCGUUGCUGCACAGCUAUUUUCAGGUCUCUCCAGAGAUGUUCGGGCUCUGGCUGACUUGUCCCGAAGCCACUCCUGCGUUGUCUUGGCUGUGUGCUUAGGGUCGUUGUCUUGUUGCUUCGCCCCAAUCUGAGGUCCUGAGCGCUGUGGAGCAGGUUUUCAUCAAGGAUCUCUCUGUACUUUGCUCCGUUCAUGUUUGCGUCAAUCCUGACUAGUCUCCCAGUCUCUGCCGCUGAAAAACAUCCCCACAGCAUGAUGCUGCCACCACCAUGCUUCAUCGUAGGGAUGGUGCCUGGUUUCCUCCAGACGUGACGCUUGGCAUUCAGGCCAAAUAGUUCAAUCUUGGUUUCAUCAGACCAGAUCAUCUUGUUUCUCAUGAUCUGAGAGUCUUUAGGUGCCUUUUGGCAAACUCCAAGCGGGCUGUCAUGUGCCUUUUACUGAGGAGUGGCUUCUGUCUGGCCACUCUACCAUAAAGGCCUGAUUGGUGGAGUGCUGCAGAGAUGAUUGUCCUUCUGGAAGGUUCUCCCAUCUCCACAGAGGAACUAUAGAGCUCUGUCAGUGACCAUCGGGUUCUUGGUCACCUCCCUGACCAAGGCCCUUCUCCUCUGAUUGCUCAGUUUGGCCGAGCGGCCAGCUCUAGGAAGAGUCUUGGUGGUUUCAAACUUCUUCCAUUUAAGAAUGAUGGAGGCCACUGUGUUCUUUGGGACCUUCAAUGCUGAAAACAUUGUUUGGUACCCUUCCCCAGAUCUGUGCCUCGACAGAAUCAUGUCUCAGAGCUCUACAGACAAUUCCUUCGACCUCAUGGCUUGGGUUUUGCUCUAACAUGCACUGUCAACUGUGGGACCUUAUAUAGACAGGUGUAUGCCUUUCCAAAUCAUGUCCAAUCAAUUAAUUUACCACAGGUUGACUCCAAUCAAGUUGUAGAAACAUCUCAAGGAUGAUCAAUGGAAACAGGAUGUACCUGAGCUCAAUUUCGAGUCUCAUAGCAAAGGGUCUGAAUACUUAUGUAAAUAAGGUAUUUGUUUUUUCGUUGUCUUUAUACAUUUGCAGAAAAUUCAGAAAACCUGUUUCCGCUUUUUCAUUAUGGGGUAUUGUGUGUAGAUUGCUGAAGGAAAUAAGUAUUUAAUCAAUUUUAGAAUAAGGCUGUAACGUAACAAAAUGUGGAAAAAGUCCAGGGGUCUGAAUACUUUCUGAAGGCGCUUAUUGAUUGAAUUGGAUUUAAAAGGUGACAUCAAUAAGGGAUCGUAGGUUUCACCUGGAUUCACCUAGUCAGUCUAUGUCAUGGAAAAAGCAGGUGUUCCUAAUGUUUGGUACACUCAGUGUGUUGUACUGGUUUGACAAUCAUAGUACCACUGAACGCCCCAUUGUCAACCCCUCUUAAUCAUGCGAAUCCUUCAGCACCUCUGUUUAAAAUCGUGUGCGUGUGUGUGCAUGAAAGUGUGCAUUCAGUUCGACUCUCCAUGUUAACCUGUAUCUUCCAUCUCUCUGUAUCGGUCUCUCUGUGUGUCAGGUCAAAAAGCUUAACAUAUUACUGUAUCUGUAUGUAUGUGUGUGUGCGUGCGUAUGCAUGUCUCCAUAUAUGAACCUGUAUAUCUCUGUCUCUCUCAGGUCCAGAAGUUGCAGGCCAUCCUGAAGCCCAUGAUGCUGCGUCGUCUUAAGGAGGACGUGGAGAAGAAGCUGGCUCCUAAGGAGGAAACCAUCAUUGAGGUGUGUAUGUGCGUUGUGUGUGUAUGUGUAUGCAUUAGAUUGAUGAGUGUGUUUGCGGUUUUUUUUGUCUUAGUUUUGCUGACUGUUGUUUGAAUGUUUCUAUAUAAUGUGGUCAGGUGGAGCUGACCAACAUCCAGAAGAAGUACUACAGAGCCAUCCUAGAGAAGAACUUCUCCUUCCUGUCUAAAGGAGUCGGCCAGGCCAACGUCCCCAACCUGGUCAACACCAUGAUGGAGCUGAGGAAGUGUUGCAACCACCCCUACCUCAUCAAAGGUACUGAACACACCACUACCUGACCCUGACUCUGACCCCUACCUAACCCUAACCCUGACCACUACCUGACCCUGACCCCUACCUAACCCUUACUGUACCCAGGGUUGGGGUCAAUACCAUUUAAAUUCCAAUCAAUUCAGAAAGUAAACCAAAUUCCCCAUUUUCCCCAUUGAAAAGCAUUGAAGAGAAUUGGAAUUGGAAUGUCAGUGUACUUCCUUAUUUGACUGGAAUUUUUAUGGAAUUGCCCCAAGCCUGACUGUAACUCAACCUGGUCAACACCAUGAUGGAGCUGAGAAGGUGCUGUAACCAGCCUUACCUCAUCAGAUGUAUUAACAGUAAUAUUGCUACAAUCCAGGUUGUGGAACGCUGUAUGUAGCCUCAUGUUAUAUGGAUGGACAGUGUAUGCCAUAUGGGGAAGGCUGAUUUGGGUAAUUCCCACCCAUACAGGUAGUAAAGAGCUUUAUAACAGCCUCGGGGCAGAAUGAAAACCACUGAGUCAGAGAUAUCCUCAUUCCUCACUAUCUUUCCCUCUGUCUCUGUGUCACGGCUGUCAGUGAGAUGCCGUUGAAGAAGUCAGGCGCAGGACACAGAACUCUCGGACACGUACUUUAAUCCCAUACCGAAAAGAUGAACACAGAAUAACUCCACGCAGGGAGGAAAUAACCCACUCACAAAUGACAUACGUGAAGGGAAACAAUCACACACAAGAUCCCGAUGAGAGACAGGGGUAAUUAUAGGGCAACAAUCAAACAUAAUGACGAACAGGUGUAAACAAUACAGACAAAACUAGACAGACACCGAUAACAUCGAACGGCAGCAGCUAGUACUCCGGGGACGACGAACGCCGAAGCCUGCCCGAGCAAGGAGGAGGAGCAGCCUCGGCAGAAUCCGUGACACUCUGUCUGUUUGUCUCACCCACCCACCUGCUCUCCUCCUCCCUCCAUCUCUUCAUCAUACUCCCCUGUUUCUCCUAGCUGUGUCAGAACUCCUAGAACAGAGAAAGCAGGCCAGGAGGUUGAGGCUCUGAAACAGAUGCCGGACUAACUUCACCUCUCCAUGUCCCUUUCCCUCCAUCCCUCUGUUCAUCCCUCUAUCUAUUUUCACAUCCCCCCUGCCAAAAGCUGCUGUGUUGGCCCAUUGCUCUUCCUCUCCUUCCUCCUAUGUCACCGCUGUACUUCUGCUCUGGUUCAUCUGGUUUGGCAAAUUGCUCUCGUACAAGGCCAGCCUAGUGGACCUUUGGCCUGUGGUUUGACAGCUGUUUCUGUAUGUGUACUUGAGUGUGUGCUUGUGCGUGUGUGUGUGUGUGUGUGACUGUGUAUCCGUUUUAAUGAGGGCUAGGACAACUAAAGGAUCAGCUCUAGAGUUGAUAAACUGCCAAACUGAAAUAUUAAGGUUUUCUAAUAUCCAGUAGUUUUUAGUAUAAAAAAAAAAAAAAAUGGCAGGGGGUUGUUAGAUUUGGUAAACAUUAUAGAAGUCCCAACUCUCAUAUUGUCUUUGACCUGCAUACAGAUUCGUGUAAUUAUGGUACCUGUCACACUUCAUCAAUGCUGGUUUGUGAGUUGGAGGCAGUGAGCUGCGUGUGUGAGCUGUCUCCUUGGUCAUUAUCCCUCUAGCCAGUGACCAGAGAGAGAGUUCCUUGUACCGUCACCUCUCUCAGGUCCACCCAUCAGUGGAUGGCUCUCUUUUCCAGUACCAUAUUGUACAAAAUCUAUUCCAUGACUGAGUUGCUAUUCCUGUCUGUCUUAAAGUAGGUACUGUAUAUGAACUGCAUACAGAUUAGGUCAAAAUGGUAGCAUGGUACUAGAUUAAGUGUCAUCCAGUCUUUUCCCAAUAGAAGCCAAACUCUGGUGGCAACAGGGUUAGACAGGGGGCUCGUCCUGCUUGUACAAUUGAAGCGGAAACACUGAGGCCAUCACUGACUUAAUUUGUCUGUCCAUCUUCCCAGGUGCUGAAGAGAAGAUCUUGGAGGACUUCCGGGAGGUGUACAGCCCUGUUGCCUUUGAUUUCCACCUGCAGGCCAUGGUGCAGUCAGCUGGUAAACUGGUCCUCAUAGACAAGCUGCUGCCCAAGAUGAAAGCCGGGGGACACAAGGUCCUCAUCUUCUCCCAGAUGGUCCGCUGUCUGGAUAUCCUGGAGGACUACCUCAUCCAGAGAAGGUACUGCUGCCUGCGCCUCUUCUUGCGUUACUAUGCUCCCAAGUACUCCACACGAAUAGAGGUUCUCUCUCCUCAGAUAUUUCAUAUUGUAAGAUGAGGUAGUUUGAGGUGAGAUAAAGGCUUGUGAGAUAUAUAACGUUUAUUACUUUGUGUUAGUGCAUGUAGAAUUUGAAACGCCCUCUGCAGUUUCAUCUGCAGGGUAUAGCUAGGCUGAUGAGGAAGAAGACAGGAAUCAUGCUUGAGAGGGUAGUAGACGUUGUGUAAUUUCCAUUUUUCAUCUCCAUUUUCAAAGUGACAUAUUUAUGUCUUAUUAUCUGGUGUUAGCUCGCUAGCAGUCUGCAGUGCAGCAAAAGCUGAAUCACUCCAGUACUUCCCUUAUUAAAUUGAAUUUAGUUUAAGAGAAAUGCUGAAUCUCUAAGCAUUAGCUUCUCUCUCUCCAGUGACUGUCUGAGAAAGAGCCUUUUAAAGCCCCCCCGUGCUCAUUGCUCCAUAAUGCUACCCAGAGCAGGGAGAUGAUAAAGACUGUGUAACAGAAGCAGAAGAAUGUACCAAGACCCUCUCAUUCAAGGUCUUAAUCUCCUGGCUUAAUGAGCUUCCUGUUUGCGGCGCUAAAUGAAAAGGAUAUUAUCCCAGCAGCCCGUCUGAGCUGUGGAAAGAAGGCGACUGGCCUGGUCUGUGUGGUCUCUCUAUCUCUUUCUCCCUCUCCCUCUUGAUAUCUCUGUCAUCUCUCUUCUUCUCCCUCUCUAUCCUCUCCUCUUGUCUCUGUCUCACUACCCCGGGCCUGGCCCUGUGUUUUUCUCCCCUCUCUGCUUCUCUCUGGCACUCAAACCCCGAACCAAACCAGUGUAAACACACAAGGCGAGGUGCUCCGCUCGUCUCUGUGGCUAGGCAAGGCUUAGCCGGGGUUCAGCGGCAGGUCACAGACCCCCUCGGGGCGCUCCCACAUCAGACAGAGGGAGAGAGGAGUCUGGGCGGGUGGAGGGAGGGAGGUGGAUCACUGAGAGGUGAGGUGUGUGAGGGGAAGAAGAUGAGGGGUAGGCGUAGGAGGUGGGGUAAGGCAGGGGCGAGGCCAGGUCUCCUGGGAAAGAGGCUGCCUGUGAUCAACGAGCUAAACUACCUUGUUCUCUGCCAGAGAGAGGGGGAGGAAGGAUGAAAGGAGGAAGAGAGAGAAAAAUAGAGCGAGAGGGGAAAAGAGAGACAGGAAUGGAGAAAAGAGGAAGAGAACUACUGAAUGUUGUUUGAAAGUGGAUGACAAAAACAAAUUCCUGGAAAUAUUGUGUAGCAAUUGGAGGCCCCUUAAUGUGUGAUGGUUGAUGUUGUAACUCUCUGUGUCGUGCUGUAUGUAAAUGUUGACAUACGUGAUACUUGGAUGUGUACUAGAAGAUCCUUCUCCAACCCUGCAUGGUCCUGUGUUCCUCAGAUACCUGUAUGAGCGGAUCGAUGGCAGAGUGAGAGGUAACCUGCGUCAGGCAGCUAUAGACCGCUUCAGCAAACCAGACUCGGACCGCUUUGUGUUCCUGCUGUGUACCCGGGCUGGAGGUCUGGGCAUCAACUUGACUGCUGCUGACACCUGUAUUAUCUUUGACUCGGACUGGAACCCACAGAACGACCUGCAGGUAAAGACACACACAGACAUUUAAAGUGACACCAGCCUCCACUGAAAUAGAAUGGGCAAAAAAGGUGUGGUCACUUCCUAUUUUAAUUUAGUCAAUUCAGGAAGACCUUGAAUUGAGAAGUGUCUUUAUAUCCUAUUAUAAUUGUUUCACUUUUUAAUUUACACACAGCUUGGAUAGUAAAAUGUAUGCAUGCAUGACUGUAAGUCGCUUUGGAUAAAAGUGUCUGCUAAAUGGCAUAUAUUAUAUUAUUAUAGCAGCAAUGAUCUUUAUCCUGGAGUGAUUUUUGUUGGACAAUUUAGAUAUUAAAUGUAUUGGGCUUUUUUUCUGUUAUUCUCAGGCCCAGGCUCGCUGCCAUAGGAUUGGUCAGAACAAGGCGGUGAAGGUGUACCGUCUGAUCACCAGGAACUCUUACGAGCGGGAGAUGUUUGACCGGGCCAGCCUCAAACUGGGCCUGGACAAGGCUGUGCUGCAGAGCAUGAGUGGCAGGGAGAACAGCGUGCCGGGAGGAGGGGUGAGUCUGCCGUGUCCGUCAUACACACACACACACACACACACACACACACACACACACACACACACACACACACACACACACACUCUGUAGCACCUGUAUCAGCCCGGUGGAUGCUCUAUGCUCCCAAGGGGACAAUAUGAUGAAGUCCAGAAGUAUGACCAUGCCAUGGCUGUGUCUUCUAUAUUACGGUAAGUCCAUUCUACCAAAUGAGAGUGUAGGAAAGGGACUAGUCAGGAUAAUAAACACAGCUUUGAGAUAUCCUCUUAGUGCAUCAUCAGUGUGUAGGAGGAGCUUAGCUGUUCCUCUCUCUGGAUUAGCUGAACUAUCAGGAAGAAAGUGUUGCCUGUGAACAGAAGAGUCUCUGAGCAGACGUUAGCGCCACCAGCUGCAUACUAACACACCGUGGGUCAGCUGGGGGUUGCUGCUAUCUUUAACAUUUAAAAAGAUCUAGCACGUGAUCCAGUUCAGCUUCAGUUCAACCAACUGUCUCUCUCCUCGGCAUUUCUCACACUAGAGUGUCUAUCUGUACGUCUGUCCGUCUGUCUGUUGUUGAGUGGUAUUAAUGUGUGUGCAUGUGUUAUAUACAUGUAUGUGUGUACAAUGAUGUAAUGUGUAAAUAGUCCAGUCUGUGAUCUACUGUAGUCCAUCAUCAGUUCCCCUAACGCUCUCUCUGUUUCCCCCUCUCCUUAUCCCCCUCCCCUCUCUCUGUUUCCCCCUCUCCUUAUCCCCCUCCCCUCUCUCUGUUUCCCCCUCUCCUUAUCCCCCUCCCCUCUCUCUGUUUCCCCCUCUCCUUAUCCCCCCUCCCCUCUCUCUGUUUCCCCCUCUCCUUAUCCCCCUCCCCUCUCUCUGUUUCCCCCUCUCCUUAUCCCCCUCCCCUCUCUCUGUUUCCCCCUCUCCUUAUCCCUCUCCCCUCCCCUCUCUCUUUCUCCUUAUCCCCCUCCCCUCUCUCUGUUUCCCCCUCUCCUUAUCCCCCUCCCCUCUCUCCUGUUUCCUCCCCUCUCCUUCUCCCCUCUCCCCUCCCCUCCUCUCUUCUCCUUUCCCCCUCCCCUCUCUCUGUUUCCCCCUCUCCCCUCCCCUCUCUCUUUCCCCCUCUCCCCUCCCCUCUCUCUUUUCCCCCUCUCCUUCUCCCUCUCCCCUCCCCUCUCUCUUUCUCCUUAUCCCCCUCCCCUCCUCUCUGUUUCCCCCUCUCUCCCCUCCCCUCUCUCUUCUCCUUCUCUCCCCCUCCCCUCUCUCUUUUUCCCCCUCUCCCCCUCCCCUCUCUCUUUCCCCCUCUCCCCUCCCCUCUCUCUGUUUCCCCCUCUCCUUAUCCCCCUCCCUUCUCUCUGUUUCCCCCUCUCCUUCUUCCCCUCCCUUUCCUCCCUUUCCUCUUUCCCCCUCUCCUUCUCCUUCUCCCCUCCCCUCUCUCUGUUUCCCCCUCCCCUCACCUCUCUCCAGCCGACCCAGCAGCAGCUGUCUAAGAAAGAGAUCGAGGACCUGCUGAGGAAAGGGGCGUAUGGAGCUCUGAUGGACGAUGAGGAUGAGGGGGCCAAGUUCUGUGAGGAGGACAUUGACCAGAUCCUCCAACGUAGGACCAAGACCAUCACCAUUGAGUCUGAGGGACGGGGAUCUACCUUUGCUAAGGUAUCCAGUGACUGAAGGAGCACAGCACAUUGAACAUGAUAUGCCUAGUUGUGGUCAUUGUUUAGAUGUUGCUAUCCUUUCUGCAUGACUAGCAGUAGUAACCAGUGUCUCCUGUCUACUCUCAUGUCACUCUUCAUCACAUACUCUCAGCUCUGUUAGGAGACUUGGACUAUUCAUUGAAGGAGACUCAGGAAGAACAGUGAAUCAGAUUAUCAAGGUUUAAUGUGAUAUACUGACUUCCUCUCUCUCUCUCUCUCAGGCCAGUUUUGUGGCGUCCGGAAACCGCACAGACAUCUCUCUGGACGACCCCAACUUCUGGGACAAGUGGGCCAAAAAAGCUGAGAUUGACAUGGACACUGCCAAUGACAGAGUAAGUAAUGCUUUAGUUUAAACACUAAAUCUGCUCUUUUUGGCCAUGGUAUGUUAUAUAUGAGAUCAAUGCGAUGAGUGAAUUUGCUACAAUAGUAUCUGACUAUCUGUGUGUGUUCCUCUCCUAUUCCACAACAGAACAGCCUGGUAAUUGACACUCCGAGGGUGAGGAAGCAGACCCGACCCUUCAGUGCCACCAAGGACGAGCUGGCAGAGCUGUCAGAGGGGGAGAGUGACAACGAGGACAAGCCCAAGCUCCGCCGGCCCCACGACCGCCUCAACAGCUACGGCAGGACAGAGUGCUUCAGAGUGGAGAAGAACCUACUAGUAUACGGGUCAGUGUCAGUGACUGGACCACUUCUGCUAGAUAAUAUACAAACCAACAUUGAUACUAAAUAACAAUGUUAUUUAAUACUGGUCUUAGCCAGUGGCAUGAACAUGUAUGCACUCACUAACUGUAAGUCGCUCUGGAUAAGAGCGUCUGCUAAAUGACUAAAAUGUAAAUGCAAAUGUCUUGGGGACCCACAGGAUGUGCAGACUUGAGUUUCAGCCCAGACCAAACACAUCUUGUUCUUAGUGUAACUGCUGGACAGUGUUGUGUCUGUACUGAGACGCUCCUGUGUUGUCCAUCUAUAUUGUACAGUGUUGUGUCUGUACUGAGGCGCUCCUGUGUUGUCCAUCUAUUUUGUACAGUGUUGUGUCUGUACUGAGGCUCUCCUGCGUUGUCCAUCUAUAUUGUACAGUGUUGUGUCUGUACUGAGGCGCUCCUGUGUUGUCCAUCUAUAUUGUACAGUGUUGUGUCUGUACUGAGGCGCUCCUGUGUUGUCCAUCUAUAUUGUACAGUGUUGUGUCUGUACUGAGGCGCUCCUGCGUUGUCCAUCUAUAUUGUACAGUGUUGUGUCUGUACUGAGGCUCUCCUGUGUUGUCCAUCUAUAUUGUACAGUGUUGUGUCUGUACUGAGGCGCUCCUGUGUUGUCCAUCUAUAUUGUACAGUGUUGUGUCUGUACUGAGGCUCUCCUGCGUUGUCCAUCUAUAUUGUACAGUGUUGUGUCUGUACUGAGGCGCUCCUGCGUUGUCCAUCUAUAUUGUACAGUGUUGUGUCUGUACUGAGGCGCUCCUGUGUUGUCCAUCUAUAUUGUACAGUGUUGUGUCUGUACUGAGGUGCUCCUGCGUUGUCCAUCUAUAUUGUACAGUAUUUGUCUCCAGUAUUGACCCUCUCCUCUCCUGUGUGGUCCAGGUGGGGUCGUUGGAAGGACAUCCUGCUCCAUGGUCGUUUUAAGAAGCAGCUGACGGAGCGUGAUGUAGAGUCUAUCUGCAGAGCCCUUCUGGCCUACUGUCUGGUUCACUACCGCGGUGACGACAAGAUCAAGAGCUUCAUGUGGGACCUGAUCGCCCCCGCCGAGGACGGACAGACCAAGGAACUACAGAACCACCUGGGUACGUUACAACCUCACAAUGACCAAACCUCAGUGGUCCAACUACAGAUUAGAAUCUGGUUCCUCUCAAGGAAUUCUUCCUUUAAAGGGCAUUUCCCCUUACCACUGUGCUAUUGGUUUACUGUUAAUGUUUUUAAUGUGUCCGUAACCAAAAAUGAUAUCUGUGUCCCUCCCUCAGGUCUGUCGACCCCGGUCCCCAGAGGCAGGAAGGGCAAGAAGAUGAAGAUUCAGUCCAGCACGUUUGAUAUCCAGAAGGCUGAGUGGAUCAGGAAACACAACCCAGAACACAUGCUGCAGGACGAGGGAUACAAGAAGCACCUCAAACACCACUGCAACAAGUAAGAAGCUAGUCUUAUAUAGAGUUGAGGUAGAAUUUAUGAAACGUCUCAUAUUUUGAGUUUUCCUCUGUUUGCUUCAGUGUAUUGACACUAGCCUGUGUGAAAACAUAAUUGUAUGUUUUUGUCUGUAGCAGAGAUUUGACUCCUGCACAUCAACACCACUGUCUGUAAUUAAGACAAAUUGAAGCAGCCAUCUUCUCCAUUUGUUGCUUUCUUCUAUUAAUGACCAUGAAUCAGAUUACACAUUACACUGCUGAAUGAUAAUCAUCUAAAUGGGAUUUUAACCAAAACUAAUAACUGUCAUUGAUAUUUUACUGACAGAUAGAAAAAAACUGAUUACACUACACUACAGACAGCGAUUUUAUAUUUUUUAUAUAAAGCUACAUCGAUGAUGAGAAGAAGAAGAAAACGAAUCUUACAUCCUAUGAAAUGGUUUGACAUGAACCUAUAAGUUAGUAGAUAAUGGUUGUUGAGAUAUAAAACAUAGCCAUAUAGAUAAUGGUUGUUGAGAUAUAAAACAUAGCCAUAUAGAUAAUGGUUGUUAAGAUAUAAAACAUAGCCAUGUAGAUAAUGGUUGUUGAGAUAUAAAACAUAGCCAUAUAGAUAAUGGUUGUUAAGAUAUAAAACAUAGCCAUAUAGAUAAUGGUUGUUGACAUAUAAAACGUAGCCAUAUAGAUAAUGGUUGUUGACAUAUAAAACAUAGCCAUGUAGAUAAUGGUUGUUGACAUAUAAAACAUAGCCAUAUAGAUAAUGGUUGUUGACAUAUAAAACAUAGCCAUGUAGAUAAUGGUUGUUGACAUAUAAAACAUAGCCAUAUAGAUAAUGGUUGUUGACAUAUAAAACAUAGCCAUGUAGAUAAUGGUUGUUGACAUAUAAAACAUAGCCAUGUAGAUAAUGGUUGUUGACAUAUAAAACAUAGCCAUAUAGAUAAUGGUUGUUGACAUAUAAAACAUAGCCAUGUAGAUAAUGGUUGUUGACAUAUAAAACAUAGCCAUGUAGACGAUGGUUGUUGAGAUAUAAAACAUAGCCAUGUAGACGAUGGUUGUUGAGAUUUGUAUUUGUAUUUAUUAUGGAUCCCCAUUAGCUGCUGCCAAGGCAGCAGCUACUCUUCCUGGGGUCCAGCAAAAUUAAGGCAGUUCAUACAAUUUUUAAAACAUUACAAUACAUUUUCAGAUUUCAUAACACACUGUGUGCCCUCAGGCCCCUACUCCACCACUACCACAUAUCUACAGUACAAAAAUCCAUGUGUUGUGUGUGUAUAGUGUGUAUGUUAUCGUGUGUGUGUAUGCAUGUGUCUGCACCUAUGUUUGUUGCUUCACAGUCCCCGCUGUUCCAUAAGGUAUUUUUUUAUCUGUUUUUUAAAUCUAAUUUUACUACUUGCAUCAGUUACUUGAUGUGGAAUAGAGUUCCAUGUAGUCAUGGCUCUAUAUAGUACUGUGCGCCUCCCACAGUCUGUUCUGGACUUGGGGACGGUGAAGAGACCUCUGGUGGCAUGUCUUGUGGGGCAUGCAUGGGUGUCUGAGCUGUGCACCAGUAGAUCAGACAGCUCAGUGCACCCAACAUGUCAACACCUCUCAUAAACACAAGUAGUGAUGAAGUCAAUCUCUCCUCCACUUUGAGCCAGGAGAGAUAGACAUGCAUGUUAUUAAUAUUAGCUCUCUGUGUACAUCCAAGGACCAGCCGUGCUGCCCUGUUCUGAGCCAAUUGCAAUUUUCCUAAGUCCUUUUUGUGGCACCUGACCACAUGACUGAACAGUAGUCCAGGUGUGACAAAACUAGGGCCUGUAGGACCUUCCUUGUUGAUAGUGCUGUUAAGAAGGUAGAGCAGAUCUUUAUUAUGGACAUACUUCUCCCCAUCUUAGCUACUGUUGUAUCGAUAUGUUUUGACCAUGACAGGGUUACUCCAAGCAGUUUAGUCACCUCAACUUGCUCAAUUUCCACAUUAUUUAUUAAAAUAUUUAGUUGAGUUGGGUUAGUGAAUGAUUUGUCCCAAAUACAAUGCUUUUAGUUUUAGAAAUAUUUAGGACUAACUUAUUCCUUGCCACCCAUUCUGAAACUAACUGCAACGCUUUGUUAAGUUUUGCAGUAAUUUCAGUCGCUGUAGUAGCUGACAUGUACAGUGUUGAGUCAUCCGCAUACAUAGACACUCUGGCUUUACUCAAAGCCAGUGGCAUGUCAUUAGUAAAGAUUGAAAAAAGUAAUGGGCCUAGAGAGCUGCCCUGGGGAAUUCCUGAUUCUACCUGGAUUAUGUUGGAGAGGCUUCCAUUAAAGAACACCCUCUGUGUUCUGUUAGACAGGUAACUCUGUAUCCACAAUAUAGCAGGUGGAGUAAAGCCCUAACACAUACGUUUUUCCAUCAUUAGACUAUGAUCGAUAAUGUCAAAAGCCACACUGAAAUCUAACAAAACAGCCCGCACAAUCUUUUUAUUAUCAAUUUCUCUCAGCCAAUCAUCAGUCAUUUGUGUAAGUGCUGUUCUUGUUGAGUGUCCUUCUCUAUAAGCACGCUGAAAGUUUGUUGUCAAUUUGUUUACUGUAAAAUAGCAUUGUAUCUGGUCAAACACAAUUUUUUCCAAUAGUUUACUAAGGGUUGGUAACAGGCUAAUUGAUCGGCUGUUUGAGCCAGUAAAGGGGGCUUUGCUGUUUUUAGGUAUCGGAAUGAAUGUUUCUUCUCUCCAAGCCUGGGGGCACACACAUUCUAGUAGGCUUAAAUUGAAAAUAUGGCAAAUAGGAGUGGCAAUAUCGUCCGCUAUUAUCCUCAGUAAUUUUCUAUCCAAGUUGCAGACCCCGGUGGCUUGUCAUUGUUGAUAGACAACAAUAAUGUUUUCACCUCUUCCACACUCACUUUACGGAAUUCAAAAUUACAAUGCUUGUCUUUCAUAAUUUGGUCAGAUAUACUUGGAUGUGUAGUGUCAGCAAUUGUUGCUGGCAUGUCAUGCCUAAGUUUGCAAAUCUUGCCAAUUAAAAAAUCAUUAAAGUAGUUGGCAAUAUCAGUUGGUUUUGUGAUGAAUGAGCCAUCUGAUUCAAUGAAUGAUGGAGCUGAGUUUGCCUUUUUUCCCAAAAAUUAAUUUAAGGUGCUCCAAAGCUUUUUACUAUCAUUCUUUAUGUCAUUUAUCUUUGUUUCAUAGUGUAGUUUCUUCUUCUUUUUAUUCAGUUUAGUCACAUGAUUUCUCAGUUUGCAACAUGUUUGCCAAUCGGCCAGACUUAUUUGCCAUUCCUUUUGCCUCAUCCCUCUCAACAAUACCAUUUUUCAAUUCCUCAUCAAUCCACGGGGAUUGAACCGUUUUUACAGUCAUUUUCUUAAUGGGUGCAUGCUUAUUAGUAACUGGAAUAAGCAAUUUCAUAAAUGUGUCAAGUGCAGUGUCUAUUAUGCCCAGCCUUUGGAACUUUGGUUUUCCUAGCUAUGGCUACUAUAUUGUGAUCACUACAUCCAAUGGAUUUGGAUACUGCUUUCAAACAAAUCUCUGCGGCAUUAGUAAAGAUACGAUCAAUACAUGUUGAUGAUUUAACUCCUGUACUGUUUGUAACUACCCUGGUAGGUUGACUGAUAACCUGAACCAGGUUGCAGGCACUGGUUACAGUUUGAAUCUUUCUCUUGAGUGGGCGGCCUGAUGAAAGCCAGUCAAUAUGUAAAUCACCCAGAAAGUAUACCUCUCUAUUGAUAUAAAGCUACAGUAAAUAGAUUUAGGCUGCUGUGCUGUCUUUCUAAAUGGGGUUGGUUGGAGGGUUUGUCUUCUGCCGUCCGGCUUUAGACACAGAGCCAUGCAGGGCUUCCAUAGAAAGUUCUCCAUUGUUCCCAGAGCCAUGGAUCGUCCGAUGGGUGGCACGCUGGCCAAACGGGGACACACUCUGUGGCUUUGCUGACCUCCGCGUUUUCCCCUCAGGGUGGAAUGUGGACUGACGUUGGGUUGGGGCAUGCACAGGAAUGGCACCCUACUGUCCCUGUCCCACACAGAGAUCCAUAACCCUAUCCUAUGAUAAUGACAUUUAGAAGAUAUGUGUUCAAUAGUGUGUGUAGCUACUAGUACUGGCCUAGAUUUACGAGGCCUGUGUUCUGUUGGGAUAUGUGUAACAUUCUCGGUAUGACUUGUAUAUGAUCUGCAUGUGAUUGUGGGUGUGUGUUUACCUUCAUGUAUCUGACUGUUUGUAUCCUGUGCUUGUAUAGUAAGUACAGUAUGUACAUAAGUGUGUGGGUAUUUUACAAGUGUGUGUACAGUUGUGUGUGUGUGAGUGCUCGCGGUCAUGUGCGUGUAUGAGCUCUAUGUCUGGUGCUGCGAGGUUCCCUUCUCCAUAAGAUACCUCCCACACUCCAUGGUGGGAGGGAGGGAGGGAGAGAGAGAGGCAAGCACUGGAGCUCACAGCUCUGCCUGCAGAGGGGGUGUGCUCAUGUCGCUCCCUCUCCGCUAGUGGCAUACUGGAGGUGUAAAGCUAGGGCCACACACACGAUCUGAAGAAAUCUACACUGCACUUUUUAACCUGCCACACUGCUAGACAGAUCAAAAGGCUAGAUUUUCUCAGACCCUAGUUUAAGAGAGGAACGGAGACUAGAAUGUAUGCCAGUCCAUCACAGAUCAGGCAUACCAUACCCCACCCUCCACCUACAUCUCUGACUGAGGCCUGGCUGGGUGCGUCAUGGAAACAGCAUCUCUCCUCUGACUCAGCCUGCCUCUCUCUUCUCUCCUCUCCCUGCCAGCCCAGAGAUCACAUCAUAUCACACCACUCCGCUCUAUGGCACAGACACUGUCCCACUCUCUAUGGCACAGACACUGUCCCACUCUCUAUGGCACAGACACUGUCCCACUCUCUAUGGCACAGACACUGUCCCACUCUCUAUGACACAGACACUGUCUCACUCUCUAUGGCACAGACACUGUCCCACUCUCUAUGGCACAGACACUGUCUCACUCUCUAUGGCACAGACACUGUCCCACUCUCUAUGGCACAGACACUGUCCCACUCUCUAUGACACAGACUCUCUCUCACUCUCUAUGGCACAGACACUGUCUCACUCUCUAUGGCACAGACACUGUCCCACUCUCUAUGGCACAGACACUGUCCCACUCUCUAUGGCACAGACACUGUCCCACUCUCUAUGGCACAGACACUGUCCCACUCUCUAUGGCACAGACACUGUCCCACUCUCUAUGGCACAGACACUGUCCCACUCUCUAUGGCACAGACACUGUCCCACUCUCUAUGGCACAGACACUGUCCCACUCUCUAUGGCACAGACACUGUCCCACUCUCUAUGGCACAGACACUGUCCCACUCUCUAUGGCACAGACACUGUCCCACUCUCUAUGGCACAGACACUGUCCCACUCUCUAUGGCACAGACACUGUCCCACUCUCUAUGGCACAGACACUGUCCCACUCUCUAUGGCACAGACACUGUCCCACUCUCUAUGGCACAGACACUGUCCCACUCUCUAUGGCACAGACACUGUCCCACUCUCUAUGGCACAGACACUGUCCCACUCUCUAUGGCACAGACACUGUCCCACUCUCUAUGGCACAGACACUGUCCCACUCUCUAUGGCACAGACACUGUCCCACUCUCUAUGGCACAGACACUGUCCCACUCUCUAUGGCACAGACACUGUCCCACUCUCUAUGGCACAGACACUGUCCCACUCUCUAUGGCACAGACACUGUCCCACUCUCUAUGGCACAGACACUGUCCCACUCUCUAUGGCACAGACACUGUCCCACUCUCUAUGGCACAGACACUGUCCCACUCUCUAUGGCACAGACACUGUCCCACUCUCUAUGGCACAGACACUGUCCCACUCUCUAUGGCACAGACACUGUCCCACUCUCUAUGGCACAGACACUGUCCCACUCUCUAUGGCACAGACACUGUCCCACUCUCUAUGGCACAGACACUGUCCCACUCUCUAUGGCACAGACACUGUCCCACUCUCUAUGGCACAGACACUGUCACACUCUCUAUGGCACAGACACUGUCUCACUCUCUAUGUCACAGACACUGUCCCACUCUCUAUGGCACAGACACUGUCCCACUCUCUAUGGCACAGACACUGUCCCACUCUCUAUGGCACAGACACUGUCUCACUCUCUAUGUCACAGACUGUCUCACUCUAUGACACAGAAACUGCAUCAGUGACUGACUACACAGUGACAAUGCAAUGACUGCAUAUUUUCUAUUCCACUCCAUUUUGAGCAUGAGUGCAUCAUUGAAGACAACAUUUAUACAGUAUAUACAGCAAUACAAAAUGUUUUCCCUUUGCAUGGACAGUUGAUCUACCGUGAUGAGCUAGGCACAGUAUUUCAGUCAUCCAGGAGAAAAGUUAGAAUGUGUGUGAGAGAGAGUGUGAUUGUGUGAGAUUUCGAUUGUGUGUGUUUGUAUGCGUGAGUUUGUCCGUCCGUGAAUGUGUGAGGGUGUGUGUGUGUGUGUGUGUGUGUGUGUGUGUGUGUGUGUGUGUGUGUGUGUAUUUACGGACGUGAGUGCGUGUGAAAGUGAAUGCCGUUCUGCUCUCUCAGCGUUUGUGCGUGCUGAGGCUUUGUUGUGACCGCGGGCGGGGCUGUGUCUGUGUGCAGGGUGUUGCUGCGGGUUAGAAUGCUCUACUACCUGAAACAAGAGGUGAUGGGAAGCCAGUCCCAGAAGAUACUAGACGGCGUGGACUCCAGGUGAGCUGAACUUUCACCUCAUUUACAACCAAACACCUCUAAACAGCUGCUCUCUCUGUCUGUCCUCUACUUUUGUUAAUUUCAGUUAUUAGAUUAUUUGAAGAGGAUUACACUAUUUACUCCAUUAUUUUGAGAUGGUCGGAUUGAUCGGUGGCUAUUCAGGCUAGAUUGAAUGUUAUGCCAACCAGUUCAGCCAGGCUGCCAGCACUAUGCCAGUAUUUGUUUAAGUUUGGGAUUUCUGGUAAGCUGCUGGCACACAAAUUCAGCAGACACAUCGUUUUAAAAGGUUCAGUUUACAUUCACUUUUCAAAUAAAAACCUGUUAAUUCAUAGGCCUAUGUUGUUCAUGUUUUCCAUGGUAAGGAAUAGACCAAACAUGACAGGUUGUUCCCAUACAUACUGUUGCUGUCUCUAUCUAUCACCAUGGAGGGCACAGCUAGUCAGACUCAGGGAAGGAAAGUCCAUGUCUGAAGGAGGGCACAGCUAGUCAGACUCAGGGAAGGAAAGUCCAUGUCUGAAGGAGGGCACAGCUAGUCAGACUCAGGGAAGGAAAGUCCAUGUCUGAAGGAGGGCACAGCUAGUCAGACUCAGGGAAGGAAAGUCCAUGUCUGAAGGAGGGCACAGCUAGUCAGACUCAGGGAAGGAAAGUCCAUGUCUGAAGGAGGGCACAGCUAGUCAGACUCAGGGAAGGAAAGUCCAUGUCUGGAGGAGGGCACAGCUAGUCAGACUCAGGGAAGGAAAGUCCAUGUCUGAAAGAGGGCACAGCUAGUCAGACUCAGGGAAGGAAAGUCCAUGUCUGAAGGAGGGCACAGCUAGUCAGACUCAGGGAAGGAAAGUCCAUGUCUGGAGGAGGGCACAGCUAGUCAGACUCAGGGAAGGAAAGUCCAUGUCUGGAGGAGGGCACAGCUAGUCAGACUCAGGGAAGGAAAGUCCAUGUCUGAAGGAGGGCACAGCUAGUCAGACUCAGGGAAGGAAAGUCCAUGUCUGAAGGAGGGCACAGCUAGUCAGACUCAGGGAAGGAAAGUCCAUGUCUGAAGGAGGGCACAGCUAGUCAGACUCAGGGAAGGAAAGUCCAUGUCUGAAGGAGGGCACAGCUAGUCAGACUCAGGGAAGGAAAGUCAGUAGUCACCACCUGCUGUUCAAAGAUGGAUCAGCAGCUUCUCAGAACCAAUAAUAUUGAUGAGGAUAUACAGAAGUGGGUGAGGAAAAUCGUUUAGUAUUUUUAGUACCCAAACACAUUUUCAGCCUUGAUGCUGACCUUAAAGUCUUAUCGGAGCUCAGGGUUUUGGUUGUUCCACACCGUUGCUUAUCUGAGAAUCUAUGUUGGAAUGGAAACCCAGCUGUCAUAGUACCCAUGAGUUCCCCAUGCUAUACAUGUAUCGGCAUGUUCCUCCUCUCAUAUUGUGUGUGUUCUGUUCACACCCCCCUCCUCCUCAGUGAGAUCAAGAUCUGGGUUCCUGAGCCCGACAGCUCUGAGCUACCAGCCCUGUGGUGGGACAACAUCUCUGACAAGUGUCUGCUGUUGGGGGUCUACAAGCACGGUGAGUCGACAACAGGGACCAGGGAUGUGCUAACUGACGCACAGGCCUGAGACAACUAGGAAUGUGUGAUACAAGGGCUACUAUACUAGCAUAACACUUAGCAUAAAGUCAUGUUUUGGGCAUGUAUUCUAAGUGGGUUUACUAGAAUGGAUAUUAGAACAGAGCCUAGACAAAUGAAGACAGGCAAAAAGGGUCAGAUACAGUAUAGUAUGUACAAUUCUGAGAUUGUAGUGUCAUGUGGAAAAUGUACUAUAGGUGUUUUCAUGUUUUUCCGUUGGGAUCUAGUUUACGUUGGAUGACAGCUGUCACACUCGCCUUUGGGGGAAAGUGGCCAGCUGUAUGUUUAAAUAUAUAUAUAUAUCUUUGUGUCCAUGAGCGUAUUUAGCUAACCUCUGUUUGCUUAUCUCUCCGCUGUCGUCCACUCAUACAGGUUAUGAGAAGUACAACACGGUGCGUGCAGACCCUGCCCUCUGCUUCCUAGAGCGGGUGGGCCGACCAGACGAGAAGGCCAUCGCUGCUGAACAGAGAGCCAAUGACUUCAUGGAUGGGUAGGUAACAUUACACAUCAUGGCAGACAGUCUGACUGACUAAGUCAGCUAGCUAGCUUGUUGGUCUCCUCCACUGAGUCAGACAGGGUCUAGACACACAAUGACACAAUUAAAAAGUUUGAGUUGUUGUAACACUUUUUAUAACCAGUCAUAAAGCUAUGCUAGAAAAGGAAGAAACCAGAAACGUUUUGACAAAUAAAAAACAUUUUCUGACAUGAAUCUGAGUCUGUUUAGUUCAGAGUUGUUAGGAGCUGCCUGCAAGUUCCCCUGUCUCACCUUGUGUGGCCCUUGCUGACUGACUGACUGACUUACUGGCUGGCUGACUGUUGUUAUCUGUGUUUGCAGGGACGUGGAUGACCCAGAAUACAAGCCUGCCCCAGCCUUGCUGAAGGACGAUAUGGAGGUGAGGCCACAGCGCAGGGGGGCAGAGCAGAGCCAGCACAGCCAACAGAUAAGGCUGCUGUACACACUGACUGGCAUGUGUAUUCUCUGCCCUUUUAGAGACUAGAGAAUACAAGUUGUUUUGAAUGUUAUUGUGUCCAGUUCUGUGUCCAGUGUUUGAACAUACACUUCUCUCCUCCAUAGGAUGACGCCUCCUCUCCUGGAGACCUGGUUGUCACAGAUAAUCCUGGAGGUCAGUUAUAUCUUUCUAUCCUGUCUCUUUCUACUCAGCUUUUGUACUAUCAAAACCAAUACACAUCAUAUUACUAUAUCUACUGCAGUCACUACUACUACUACCAGUCACUGCUACUACUACCAGUCACUAAUACAAGUCACUACUACUACUACUACUACUACUACUACUACUACUACUACUACUACUACUACUACUACUACUACUGCUACUACUACCAGUCACUGCUACUACUACCAGUCACUACUACAAGUCACUACUACUAUACUACUACUACUACUACCAGUCACUACUACAAGUCACUACCAGUCACUACUACUACUACUACUACUACUACUACUACUACUACUACUACUACUACUACUACCAGUCACUACUACUACUACUACCAGUCACUACUACUAUUACUACCAGUCACUACUACAACAGUCACUACUACUACUACUACUACUACUACUACUACUACCAGUCACCACUACUACUACUACUACUACUACUACUACUACUACUACUACUACUACUACUACUACUACUACUAUUUCUAGUCACUACUACUAAUGCCACCACUAACUACUACUACUACUACUACUACUACUACUACUACUACUACUACUACUACUACUAGUCACUACUACUAAUGCCACCACUAACUACUACUACUACUACUACUUCUACUACUACUACUACCAGUCUCUACUACUACCAGUCACUACUACUACUACCUGUCACUACUACUACUACUACUACUACUACUACUACUACUACUACUACUACUACUGCUACUACUACUACUACUACUACCAGUUACUACUACUACUACUACUACUACUACUACUACUACUACCAGUUACUACUACUACUACUACUACCAGUCACUACUACUGCUGCUGCUGCUGCUGCUACUACUACUACUACUACUACUACUACUACCAGUCACUGCUACUACAAACAGUCACUACUACUACUACUACUACCAGUCACUACUACUACUACUACCAGUCACUACUACUACAAACAGUCACUACGACUAGUGCUACUACUCCUGAAACUACCACAACUUCUUCCACUACUAUAAAACAACUUAAAAAGCGUUCUCCCUGGUUUAACAUUGUGUGUGUGUGCUCUCCAGAGGGUGUUCCAGUGAUGAUGGAGGGGUUAGGUGGAGGAGGAGAUACAGCCUACUGGCCCUCGUCCUCAGUACUAACAGCCAGACUGAGACGUCUGAUCACGGCCUCUCAGCGCUACACCAAGUCCAGACAGAUCCUCCACAUCCACCAGGCCCAGACACAGCACACCACUCAGGUCACGCCCUCACUGUGCCCCCUGCCACCCACCCUCAACGACACGAUCAACCCCAAGAUGGCCGCCAAGAUAGAACGCCAGCAGAGGUGAGUGAAGCUGCAAGGCCUGGACAGAAACGUACCCUAACCACGGUCUAUACCUUAUACCACUUAGAUGGGUGAAGUGCUUAUCACUGUCUCCUGUUCUCUUUCUCUCCUCCCUCUCUCUGUCUAUAUCUCUAUCUCUCCCCCUAUUUCUCUUUCUCUCUGUUUCUCUCUCCCUCCCGCUCUCCCCAGAUGGACAAGGCGAGAGGAAGCUGAUUUCUACCGUGUGGUGUCAACAUUUGGUGUGGUGUUUGACCCAGACCUGGGCCGUUUCGACUGGACCAAGUUCAGAGCCAUGGCUCGGCUGCACAAGAAGACAGACGAGAGUCUGCAGAAGUACCUGUGGGCCUUCACCGCCAUGUGCAGGAGAGUGUGUCGCCUGCCACCCAGAGAAGGAGGUGAGAGAGAUACUGUUCAUCCAUGCUGUGCCACCUGUAGAAAAGGCGUGGAAGUCAAUAUACUUAUAAGCUGUAUACUGUCGUUUAUUAGAGGAGUUGUGUGCUUACUAAUACAGUACCUGCUGAUAAUGUACUACAGUAUGUCAAGAUUAAUGAUUUAAGGAAAUGCUGGGGAAACAAGCAAGUGAUAAAGUUAACGAUCUAUGGAAAGUUAAACAGCGAGUGGAAUAAGUUCACACAAAAUGCAAACACAGAUGUAUGAAUUAUGCAGGACAGCCUUAUUCCCUCUCUCACCCUCUCUAGACACAGCGGUGGACCCCUCUCUGUCCAUUCAGCCCAUCACAGAGGAGCGUGCAUCUCGUACGCUCUACAGAGUAGAGCUGCUACGCCAGGUCAGGGAACAGGUCCUGCACCACCCCUUGCUCUACGAGCGCCUGCCCCUGUGCCAGCUGGGCUCGGACCUGCCCGUGUGGUGGGAGACCGGUACCCACGACCGAGACCUCCUAAUCGGGGCCGCUAAGCACGGCGUCAGCCGCACAGACUACCACAUCCUCCGAGACCCAGAGCUCUGCUUCAUGGCUGCCCAGCGCAACUACAGCCAGAAUAAAGGAGUCCAACAGCCAUCCCAGAACUCUACUCCGCUCCUGAACCCCCAGUACCAGGCUAAUAGAGACCCAGCCUUGGCAGGGUCCCCAGUGCCUGCCCCAGCCCAGAGGGAGAGGGAGGACAUCCCGGGGGCAGUGCCCAAAGAAGAACCUCUCUCAGAGGGGGAGGAAAGCAUGGAGAGAGGGGGUCAGGUGGAGGGGGAAGGGUGGAGUCCCCAGCCCGCCCCUCUCACCCCUACAGGGAUAGAGGAGAAGCCUGACCUGGGAGUGGUGAAAGGAGAGAAUGAGAGCCACAUGGUGGCAGCACGGACCAAGCCUCUCACGCCCAACUCAGCCGCCAGGAAAGAGAAGAGAGCCAAUAAAAGAAGUCGAAGGGAGGCCAGACGAGCCGCCUCCGCAGCGUCAGACUCCGACUCGGACGGCUCCUCCUCCAGCUCUUCAUCACGAUCUUCUUCAUCAUCGUCAUCGUCGUCCUCUUCCUCCUCACGCUCCGGAUCCAGCUCUUCUUCGUCUUCAUCCUGCUCAUCAGGCUCCUCAUCUUCCUCUUCCUCAUCUUCAUCUUCCUCUGAUGACAGUGAGAGUGAGGGAGAGGAAGGAAAAACCAAGGGUGAGUGCUGCUGUUAUUAUUCUGGUGUUCUCUGGUGUCUUUUGGCUCUUGCAGUGAAAUACUUUUACAGUACCAUUGAGGCAAUUAAGGUUGUGAUUUUGCCAAAGUUGUUAGGCUGUCUGAAGUAGUUUGAGGUUUUCUAAAUGACAGUUAUAUUGCAUGUUCUUCCAGUCCCGACAGUGGCCAGUGUGAAGGGAUUUGACGAAGACAGCGUGGCGUCUCUCAGCACCACUCAGGAUGAGAUGCAGGACAGUCACGUGACAGAGAACGGUGUCAGCAACAACUCACACCACCACCCCUACCAGGGAGGAUACAUGCUGGCUGCAUCCUACUGGCCCAAGGUAAACACACACACCAAACCUCUUUGUGUUUGGGUUUCCUGAGAAUCCCAACCAUGUUGAAACAGCAGUUUAGGAGGGUGUUGUUCACGAUAAUCCAGUUUUAUUUCAUCCUUCCAGCAGACGAUAUAGUCCGGGCAAAAGCCAAUCAGCAUCCAGGAAUCCAAACAACCCAUUUUAUAAUGUCCCCUGUCCCCCUGUAGGACCGUGUGAUGAUCAACCGUCUGGACAGUAUCUGCCAGGCAGUGCUGAAGGGGAAGUGGCCGGGGGCCCGGCGGGCGUACGAGGCAGGAGGGGCCGUAGCCUCCUUCUAUACCACCAAGCUGCUGGACAAUGCAGCCGCGGCCAACAACAGCAGCAACCUCUGCUCAGCUUCCGCCUCGGCCUCAGAGGACCCCUCUGCCUCCCCUCAGGGUUCAAAGGUGAAGAAGCAUGUUGCAGGAGAAAAGGAGUUCUCAGUGAAAAUGAAUGAAGUAUGUUGAUUUCUGUUACUCCCCUCUCGUAGGACCCCACACCACUCCAAAGCCUAAUUGCGGUGUUUCAGCAUGUUUUGUUGGGGAUUUUGAUUUUGUUGUUUUGGCUGCUGCCUACAGCACUGAUUUGUUUAAUAGUAAUACCCUCUUUAAUUUCUACCCACUCCAUGUGGAUUGGGCUCCGGGGCUGUAAUUACAUUUUGACAUAAAUCAGUCAUUCAUGGAUGGGAAGCUAAUAAGAAGCUUAGUGUGGAGAGACACUGGGGUUUGAGAGGGUUAAUAUGAUUGAGAUGGGGCUGGCUUUCUACUCUGGGUGAUUGUGAUGAGGCUGUAGUACUGUGGGUGUUCUGUCUCUAAUGGGGCUGAUGGCAGCUGGGCUAUUAACCAUGCAGGCCUGCUUCCUGCUUGCUUUAAUACUACAGUAGCUAGCUAUGAGCCUACAUUGCCAUAGCAACAGAGGGAGGAGCAUUUUUGUCAAAUAUUCUAUAAAAUGGCCACUGACUGCUGCUACAGGGUUGCUGGGGCUUUUCUGACGAGUUUGGCUGGAAUCUUGACCUUAAUAAGGAAUAUGCUGAAAGCUGCUGCCUUCCCUGCAUUGCAUAGACAACCUCCACUGUAUGCUUCUAGCUGCUACAGUUUAUGCUGUGUCCCCACCCAUAGCUAUCCCAACUUCCAACUUAGAAACUAGCAUACAGAAUGAAACUAGCAUACAGAAUGCUCUUAGAGCGAAGCCUGACAAGCCAACAAAGUAUUGUGCCAAUGCAGUGAAAAUCAAAACAAGCACUUAGACCCCCUCCCCCUUUUCUGUUAUGUUUUGGUUCGUUUUCUUUCUGUAGAAGGGGCUCCAAUGCCAUCAGACAGUGUGACCUUGUGUUUCUGUGUGAUUGACUGACAGCCUCUCUCUCUCUGCAGCAGGAGGGUGGUCUGAAGCUGACCUUCCAGAAGCAGGGGCCCGGCCAGCCCCUGAAGAGGCCCCUAGAACCUGAGGAGGGGCCCCUGAGCCAGCAGCAGUACCUUACAAGGCUCCAUGAGCUCCAGAGUGCCUCAGACACCAGUCUGGCUGACUUCACCAAGCCCCAGGCUGCCAGCUUCCCACACGGUACGUACAAAGUAGGGCUGACCACAAGGUUGUUCUUACAACAAUGUAUUGUUUGUUUAUACAAUUGAUAGUUCAUACCUGUCUGGUGGUCCUCUGUAGCUCAAUUGGUAGAGCAUGGCGCUUGUAAUGCCAGGGUAGUGGGUUCGAUCCCCGGGACCACCCAUACGUAAAAAUGUAUGCCCACAUGACUGUAAGUCACUUUGGAUAAAAGCGUCUGCUAAAUGGCAUAUUAAUAUUAAUUAAAGAAAACCCUUCAUGAGAAAUAUCAAAGCUAAACUGGGUGCUUUGUAUUUGCUACCACUAGAUGGCAGCAAAGAUACAUUUCCCCAUAUGUUGUACAUUCAUGAUUGUGAUUGUGUGUACUGCUUUAGUCUUCUGUUUUAAUCUGCGACACGUUGUUUGUGUUUUUCCAGCCUCUACAGGUCUGGCGGGUCAGAUGAAGCUGAACGGCGGUAUGGAUGGCCAGCCGGUGGUGAAGAGGAGGAGAGGAAGGAGGAAGAAUGUGGAGGGGAUGGACCUGCUCUUUAUGAACAGGAACAGAAUACCAGCCGUGCCCGAAAUCGUAAGAUCUUACUUUACUUCCCUGUCAAUCCUCUCUCUCCUAUAUUGCCAUCUUAGGUCCUUCAACAUUUAGUCCUUAAACACUGGGUACUGGAAAGCCACAUUAUAUUACAUGGUUUUAAGAGAUAUUUAAAGUUCAAAGAGUAUGCCUAAAUGUGUUUACCUAGCAAUUAAAAAAAUAUAUGGGAUUUACUGUGUGUGCUGAAGGAUAGGAGACCGUAUGUGGGGUGUGCUAGCAUGCAUAUACAAACACUAGCCACUUGUUAUUCACUGAUGGGCUGACGUAUGCCCCUGCCUCUCCAGGUGCCCCCAGCGUGGGGUGGUAUGGGUCAGGCUGGCACUGGGCUGUCUAUUCCCUCAGGUCAGGGUAACCCCCUAGGGGGCCAGCCCCUGGGCCCCAUGGACACAGAGAGCAGGGUCUCUGUCAUCAACCUGAAAGAUGGGACCCGUCUGGCCGGAGACGAUGCCCCCAGGAGGAGGGAGCUGGAGCUGUGGCUGAAAGAACACCCAGGCUUUGUGGCUGACACAGGGGCCUUCAUCCCUGUGAGUCCCUCCCUUCCUCUUCCUCACCCUCUGAUUCACCAUUCCUCUUUCCCUAACCAAGGUUUAUUAACGGCUGUGAAUAUACUGUACAACGACAAUAGAUAUCCGUCAGGGUUACGGUCAAUUCCAUUUCAAUUCAGUCAAUUCAUGACGCAAACAAAAAUUCAAUUUGCAAUUUGAAUCGAAAUGCAAUUGACCCCAACCUUGAUUUCCAUUGACAGUAGAUAUUGUUUUGGAUGUAGUCCUGUAGUUGAACCUCUGUAUCCCUGACCCUCUCUUCUCCUCCUCAGGGAGUGAAUAAGAUGCAGCUGCAGCAGUUCCAGCAGGACGGUAGACCCAAGCAGAAGAGGCAUCGCUGCAGAAACCCCAACAAGAUUGAUGUCAACAGUCUGACAGGAGAGGAGAGGGUCCAGAUCAUCAACAGGAGAAAUGCACGGAAGGUGAGGCAGCAGUAGUCUACUGUGUGUGGGAGUGGGUGUGUGUGGGUUGUACAACUUCUACUUUGUCUCAUGUUGUCCUCCUCUCCUCUCCCCAGGUUGGUGGUGCCUUCGCCCCCCCUCUAAAGGACCUGUGUCGGUUCCUUCAGGAGAACCCAGAGUACGGGGUUCCACCAGAGUGGGCCGACGUGGUCAAGCAGUCGGUGAGUCUGAUAGCCUCUCCCUCACAACCCUUCAUAUGCUGUGGAACACCCCACAAGCCUACUUUAUGUGUAUGCUAUGAAAGACCAAUAAUAGAACUACAUGUAUCUAGCUUGGCUAGUUGUCAGUGCAUUAACUGUGGUAUAGUUAAGCAAUAAGGCCUGAGGGUGUGUGGUAUAUAGCCAAUAUACCAUGGCUAAGGGCUGUUCUUAAGCACGAUGCAAUGAGGAGUGCCUGGAUACAGCCCUUAGCCGUGAUAUAUUGGCCAUAUACCACAAACCCUGAGCAGCCUCAUUGCUAUUAUAAGCUGGUUACAUGUUUUGUCAUACCCGUGGUAUACGUAUAUGCGUUCCAGCAGGUAUAUCUCACUGGUCAUCCCCAAAGCCAACACCUCCUUUGGUCGCCAUUCCUUCCAGUUCUCUGCUGCAAAUGACUGGAACGAACUGCAAAAAUCUCUGAAGCUGGAGACACUUAUCUCCCUCACUAAAUUUAAGCGUCAGUUGUCAGAGCAGCUUACCGAUCACUGCACCUGUACACAGCCCAUCUGUAAUUAGCCCACCCAACUACCUCACCCCCAUAUUGUUAUUUACAUUAUUUAUUUUGCUCAUUUGCACCCCAGUAUCUCUAUUUGCACAUCAUCUUCUGCACAUCUAUCACUCCAGUGUUAAUACUAAAUUAUAAUUGUAAUUAUUUUGCACUAUGGCUUAUUUAUUGCCUUACCUCCAUAACUUACUACAUUUGCACACACUGUAUAUAGAUUUUCUAUUGUGUUAUUGACUGUACGUUUUGUUUAUUCCAUAUGUAACUCUGUGUUGUUGUUGUUUUUUCCGCACUGCUUUGCUUUAUCUUGGCCAGGUCGCAGUUGUAAAUGAGAACUUGUUCUCAACUGGCUUACCUGGUUAAAUAAAGGUUAAAUCAUUUAUUUUUAUUUUUAUUACAAAUACUGUCUCAUAUACCACAGGUUGUCAGCCAAUCAGCAUUCAGGGCUCGAACUACCCAGUUUAUAACUGUAGUUAUCUAAUGAAGUUGUUGAUUAGAGUGCUAACCCUGUGUUUCUCUGUCUGUCCUUUAGGGCUACCUCCCAGAGAGCAUGUUUGACCGGAUCCUGACAGGACCCAUCGUACCAGAGGAGGUGAGUCGGCGUGGACGGAGGCCAAAGAGCGCCCUGGCCAAGGCUGCAGCUGCAGCCAACCAGGGGGCCUCAUCCCUGGGCCUCAACCCCCUGCUGGCCAACGGCCUCCUCUCUGGCAUGGAUCUGUCUAGUCUACAGGCCUUCCAGCAGAACCUCCAAAGUCUCCAGUCACUGCAGCUCACUGCCGGCCUCAUGGGCCUGCCCACCGAUGCUAACAACCUGGCCGCCAUGUUUCCCAUGAUGCUCUCUGGCAUGGCCGGGCUUCCCAACCUCCUGAGCAUGGGGGGUCUGCUGGGGAAUCCCCCACAAGAUGCCACGGGGGGAGCGGAGCAGAGGAAGAGGAAGAAGGGAAGCAGAGAAGGAGGAGGAGGGGAGCCCUCGUCUGCCUCCUCCAAAGCCACCUCCUCCUCCCACUCCCACGGCCCCUCCCACACCUCGGACACAAAAGGUGAAAGGACAGAAGGUCAAAGCGGGACCGGGGAUGGCCGUGUCCCCAGUGUCCCUUCCUCCUCCAGUUCCUCUGCCACCACCUCCACCACCACCACCCCACUAAGUGCUUCUGCUGCCCAGGCAGCCUCCAGUCACCCUCUGUCUCUUAACCCCUUGUUACUCUCCAGUAUGCUUUACCCAGGGAUGCAUCUCACUCCAGGCCUUAACCUUCCUGUGUCCACCACACAGCAGCCACACAGUGACUCAAACAGUGACCACAAACCCCACAAGCCCACUAAGACCUCUAAGUCCCUCAAGACUUCCCCCUCAAAACCUCUGUCGCCCAGGAGAACACCAGAGCGUCAGGAAGAGGAGGGUCUUGGUGACAAGGAGGAGGAGGAAUCAGGGGAACAGAAGGAGGAGAACAGUGGUCCAGAAGGCUCGGGGAAGGCGGAGUCAUCUUCAUCAGAGUCUGGGAGCUCUUCUUCAUCAUCUGAUGGGUCAUCAGACUCCAGCGAUGAAGACUGAGCCUUAUGAAUAUAUAAAUAUAUUUAUGUAUCUGUUAGAAAUGUACACACAUAUAUAUAUAUAUUACACAUAUAUAUGGAUUUCCCUGCACUUACAUUGUGAUUUCUUUUCAUGUAAAUACGAAAACUAACAAAAAUGUUGUGUAAUAAAGACUACAAAACUGAAACAAGAAGAACCAUGACCUAGGAGAAACUGAAAUUAAAUUUCAGUGUUUGUUCAAAAAGGUACAAUCUUGUUUUGAGAGACAUUUUGCAUGUCAAACUUUAGUAGAUUUCUGAACUCUGUGAAAUUGUAUUAGGCCAACACACGGUGAUGUACAAUUGCAACAAACUGAGAAAAUAAGUCAAAAUGGCAUUAUUGUAAUUAUCAUGUUGGGAUUUAAUUUCAUUAAAAAAGAGGAAAUAAAUACACGCUCUUUGCUGAGCUGUACUGGUAAUAUAUUUUGGAGUGGGGGGGGAAAGAACUUGAUGAAUAUUUAACUUUCCUUUGUAAAUACUUUUAUAGGUUUUCUUCUUGACACUUACAGUAUACUUUGCGGAUCAUACGUUUGGAAAAGUCAGCAAUAACUCGGGCAGCUAAUGAAUGUCACUGAAGCUGUAGAUCCUUCAUCAGCCAUGUUUCUCACACAAGGGAGGGGUGUUCAGUCUCUGUUCCAAUGUCCACACUAACAUAGUUAUUAGAAUGAAGCAAUGUAUUGGACAUUCAUUCUAAGUAGUAUGCUAGUGUUCAUUUUGGAAUGUAUUCUCCCCUGUCUGUCUCGCACAUCCUACACACUCACACAAUGACACAUAGAUGGUUCUUCUGACACAGGUGCACUUUAGUUUCCCAUAUUACACUCGCUAGCACAUAACCAGUUGGGUCUAUUCCCCUAAGGACUGAAAGGACAGCAAACUGACAGCACGCUGUGCCAAAAUACUGCUCUCGCCAGGACAGAAAAUACACUACUUCUCUGUUGUAGUUCAGCUUCAGGAAGUGGUGUUCAGGACAUGGUACACUUUUGAAGAAAAUUCCACCCUGGGGUUUUUGACUGCAUCGUUACCUCAGCGGGGUAUAGAAGGGAUUGAGUUCACUGCAAAUACAUCCUGUUGUGUGUGUGUGUGUUAGCAAGGCUGGCUCACUCGUCCCCACUGGAAUGUGUGUUCUUCAUGGCAUACUCUUGAGAGCUUCCACUCGCUUAGUCUCUUCCAGCGCCUUGUGUCUGCAAGAGGGACUACCACUCACUGUGUUCUGGCUGUGUGUUUGUUUGCGUGGGCGUUUCUUUCCGUUUUGGCUGAGUCAGUGUGUCCUUCAGGCCCUGUACUGA